UGUCCAACCCCGCCGAGGUUAGUGUAGCAAAGCAUCCUGGGUGUUGUAGUCUAUUGACGGGAAGGAGUCCUGGCGCCGUGCCAUCUCCAGGCUUUCCGGAGACUGUUGAAGGAAGAACUGCGGCUUCCUGCCUCCCAGGCUGCCCAGCGCUGCCCGUUGCUUGGGAACACAGGAGUCGUGUAAGGGAUGGCGGGAGGAUACGGCUUGGGUGCUGACACCGGGACUGAAUGGGUGAAGAAACACUCAGGCUCGUCAUGAAACAACGAAAAGGCCUGAGCCCCGGGGGCGGUCGUGCGCGCAAAAAGAGAGGUUUGAGUGACAUUUCUCCAUCAACAAGCCUACCUCCCCUGGUUGAAGGCCAGCUACGCUGCUUUCUAAAACUUACUAUUAAUAAAGUCAUAUGGAAGAUUGCAAAGCCUCCCACUUGUGUCCUUGUCCGAGUGAGAUGGUGGGGAGAAACAUCAGAUGGAACCCUCUUUUGUCCCAGGGAUGCACUGCAGACUGAACCAAAGACUGUGAGAACAACUACACGUUACGCUAUUCGCUGUGGUCCGAAACAGUUUACCUCUUACCUAACAGAUAUGGCUGUGUUGGUGCUGGAAGUAAUCACCAGACUUGAUCAUCUUCCAGUUGGUAGAGUUCAAAUCAGUGGACUAGCUCAGCUUUCUCCAACCCAUCAAAUCAAUGGGUUUUUUGCCAUUGUUUCACCAACGUCUAAGAAACUUGGAGAACUCCAGGUCUCACUUGCCCUGGAGCCUCUGUCAGAAACUUACAACAGCUACAAUCCUUUCCCUACUCCUGACAUGACAGGUGAUGUACUUUAUUCUGAACAAGGGUUCAGAGAGAAUGCUGAACCCUGCAGUACCCAGUUUCUGCUUCCGUCACGGCCUCAGAGGAUCUCUGCCAACAAAGUUGACAGGAAGGAGUUAGCUGUCAAUAGUAGUAGAUCAACCACUCCAAGGAGAAAGGACCACCUGUACUUCACAGAACAUGCUGAUACACUGAAAGACUCUCUGUGUGGACCACAGCCCCAUCUUGAUUCAGGACAGAGUUUAGAGUCCAUGACUCUGAAAGGCAGAGCUGCACAGAAGCAGAUGUCCCUUCUCGACUGUUCUGAAUCUCAGCCUCCAGUGCCAACAGUUGCCAAGAGUCAUAGUGACUCAUGCAUCCUUUCUUCAAACAAUCCGCCUACCAAAGACCUUCUUUCAGUUCUGUUAGAACAAGGCAAUAAACUCCGCAAUGCCAUGGUGAUUUCUGCAAUGAAGUCAAGCCCAGAUACCAGCAUGAUGUUGGACAAAGUUCAUUCUCCCAUGAGGGAAGAAUCCCUUAGAGCAUCAACACUAAUGAGAGCCUUUCCACAGAGUCAACUUAAAGAUCAUAUGGGAGAUCACCUUCUCUCUUCAACUGAAACUAAGUUUUGGAAACACGACCCAAAAGCUGAUACCGGAGCCAUACAGCUACUAUUAGGAAGUGCUGAAUUAUCCCAAGGUCAUCCCUGGAAUGGGCUAGGCUCUCCUCCCGACUCCCCAUCUCCCAGGAGUGACGUGUACUGCAGCAGCGAGCUGAAUGACCCUCAGUAUGACCAGAGUCUCCUGGAGCAUUUGUUUUACACAGCACCUAAAUCCGACAGCAGCAUUAGUGAGUACCUCAGUGAAGAUGAUGAUGGUGUUCCUCCUAAAAAAAUGAACGCAUCCAAAGACCUUGCCAGGUUGCAUAAGGCUCUCGAGUCAGGAGAUCAGAAGCUGAUGAACAGAGCAGCAGGCAAAAAAAGACGAAAUCUGUUCCAACAGCAGAUGCUGUCUGAAACUCCAGAAGAUGCCCAAGUGACGACAUUAAGCGUGGAUAGACUGGCCCUUCUGGGGAGAACUCAGUCCGUCCGAGUGAUCAUUGACACCAUGGGCGUGCCUCCAGACAGUCCUCAGAUGACCCCCGACAAGAAGAGUGGUGUCAGAAGGCAACUUAAGCUGAUAACAGCAAAAAGGCGCACUUUCUUUGUGGAAUACCACUUUCCUGUGGGCUUUUCUAAAAGUGGAUCAGGAAAGACAGCUUUGAUCACCGAAGUUGUUCGAUUUGCCUCCAGUAAAGUUGCAAGUGGAAUGGUGAAAUUCCAGCAGCGAUCUGUGUUUCCAGUACAGUUUCGUGGUCCAAUGAUAGAGCACUGGUGGAAUUCCAGCCUCACUUUCCAAAUUUAUGCAAAGAAAACCCCACAGAAAAAGCCGGAAGUCAUUGGCUCUUCAUCACUUCCUUUGAGAGCUGUCCUUCAGUCAGAGCUGCUUUCUUUCAGUGAGCAACUUCCAGUGCAGCCGGAAAAUGAUCAGACUCUGCUUGGCCCCCUCAAGGUAACCAUGGAGCUUGUUACAGAUAACAAAGAUUUCGCUGGUGUCAAUUCUAAACUAAGUAGCAAUACUCAGCAAACCCCACAUUGUGAACCUACAAGUCCGGAUAAAAUAGUACUAGAAACAAGCCAAGACAUUACCUCUACCAAAAAUUUACAGGAGCUAAAUCAAAUUUAUGAGGAAACUACAAGGAAAGCACAGAAUUUGGUGCUUCCUAACCCAAAGUCACCAAUCUCUGUGACACCAAGUCCUUCAAAUGUGAUGACUUUGCCAGCCCCCCAAAAUUUAAUAAGUCGGGCAAAUGAAUCGACAGAAGAGAAUGCCUUGCUGUUACAUGUGCUAUUGAUGGUGCCAGAGGGGAAAGAUUUCGUUAUUGGAGAAUCUGAGAAACAGUCAUCUUGUAAUGUUUAUUUAAACUGCAAACUUUUUAGCACAGAAGAAGUUAUCAGAUCUGCCAUCGCUUGGGGUACCGCACAACCCAUCUUUAACUUUUCCCAGGUAAUUCCCAUCUCUCUGUCUUCCAAAUGCCUGGAAAGGCUUAAGAACAAUGUGAUGGUAAUUGAAACUUGGAACAAGGUGCGGAGCCCAGGACAGGACAAGCUGCUCGGGCUGGUGAAACUCCCCCUCCAUCAGUUUUACAUGUCAUUCAAAGAUCCCAAGAUUUCUCGCCUCCUGCUUGAAGCUCAGUACCCAGUUGUUGCUGUUGACAGCUACAUGCCUGUGAUCGAUGUGUUCUCAGGCCACCAAAACGGAAGUCUUCGAGUCUUUUUAGCUAUGGGUUCUUCAGAUCAAAUAAUGGCAUUACAAAGAUUAAAGAAUGAAGAAGGAACACUCCCUCCCUUCAGCCCCAGACCAGCCCAUUUCCUGGACCAGCCAUCUGUAGCAUCUGUUGCUAUGGCAGAAGACCAAGGAAAUGGAUUGAUAGAGCACCACUUUGAGUUCCAUGUAGAGAUGGUUAAAGGGCUAGCUCCUCUUCAGGCCACAGUCUGGGGAGAAGCAGAUUGCUACGUCCAGUACUACUUUCCAGCUCAAGACUCACAAUUCAGUGCUCUAAAAGGACCCGAGUUUCUUGAAAAGGGUAUUGCCCUGAAGCCCUUCAGAACUGCAACCACGCUCUGUGUUCCAGAUCCCAUCUUUCACAGCGAGCACCAUCACACCCUCCUGCUGCCCCCCGAAGUCCCUGUGCAAAGGCUCCUACUAGGCAUCUUCUCUGCUCAAGGGCUCACGCCUGGAGGGGGAGUCCAGUUUGAAGUCUGGUGCAGAUAUUAUUAUCCUAAUGUGAGAGAGCAGAUGGUUGCCCGGGGAACGUUGCCCCUCUCAAGAAUCUGUGCCGCGGUAACCACGCAGCACCCACAGCACCUGGAGGAUGUGGGAAUACAGACCUUUAAUCUCCCUCUAACACCCAGGCUCGAAAACAGGAAAGAAUUGAGGAAUCAGUCAUCAGGUUUAUUGGAUGUGGGUCUAAGGUACAGGCGUAGCCUAAGAACAGCAGAGGGAGUUCUUGCUGCCCGAACUGUCUCCAUCUCAGUCCACAUCAUCAGAGCGUGUGGUCUGCAAGCAGCAGCCAAGGUUUUGGCUGAACAGGAACCUGCUUUGCAGUUUAGUGCCUCUGUUGGAGUCAAUGCAUCGGUCAGCACUCACGUCUCCUUCCUGCCCAAGGGAGAACAGCGCCGAAGCCGCCCGGUGGCCUGUUCCUUCUGCCCUGAGUUCUCCCACCACCUGGAGUUUCCAUGUAACUUGGUAACUCAGCACUGUAGUGGAGAGACCUGUUUUCUGGCAGAACUAUUGGAGUUUGCAGAAAUUACUUUUUCUAUCUAUCAUGAAAAUACCAAGUCAGUCAGGGAUAUAACCAGUAUCCACUCAUGCAAAGAGUAUCUGCUUGGAGUUGUAAAGAUUCCAACCAAAGAGCUGCUGAUCAAGAGAUCUGGGAUCACAGGAUGGUAUCCUGUCAUUUUACCAGAAGACAGAGGCCUGCCUCAUGGCUUGGAACUCAUGCAAACGAUCGUGGGGGGUCUGGAGAUUUCCGUUUCCUUCACCCAUCCUGGAGAUAGAGAACGAGUGUUAGAAGCUGCUGAACUAUUGGGUUGGAGCUUUGAGAAUAGCCUGAAGGAUCUUGUCCAGAUGGAUGAAGAGGAGCCAGCCACUGUCACCAUCUCCACUCCACGGCUGUGGCUACCCGUGCAUUGUGUGCUGCUUGCUGGUCACAGUCACAUCCACAAGAACACCUAUUGCUACCUUCGCUAUAAACUCUACGACCUUGAAGCUUUUUGGACUCCCCUCAAGAAGCCUAAAGAAUCUGCAAACAAAAAGCAGGUCAUGGUGACUUUCAAGGCCUCCAAAAGAGCCGAAGUCAGUAGGGGUCCCUCACUGCUUUGGUAUUUUAGGGAGGAAAGGCUGGAGAUCCAAGUCUGGCGAGCUUACGGCAGUGAUAACAUGGAGAGGCCACACAAGACUGACAGCUGGAUUGGGUCAGCCUACGUGGACCUGGCCAGACUCGGGGAGAGGUCAGCAAGGACACUCACUGUCAGCGGUGUGUACCCUCUGUUUGGAAGAAAUGCGUCCAACCUCCUGGGAGCUGCCUUGCGAGUUCAUGUGGUGCUCUCCCCGGUGUCCCCAAACCCAGAGCCUACCCAUGAGCUGGACUCCAUGGACUGCAGCAGCCACAGUGAGUCUGAGCAGCUGCCCAAAAGGAAUGAGGAGAUCCCGCUCGCUCCAUCUUAUGGACAGCCAAAAUCUCCUGCCUCCACCCGCAUCCCCGGAAACAGCACCACCGCUGAAGGCAACCUACCCCAGGAGGGCCCUUCCGAGCUGGAUGGAACUUUUGCAGUCAGUAUCCUGGUAGAAAGAGCAAUGCACUUGAGUUUAAAAGGGAGCCCGCUAACAGAGAGGAAAGUGCCAAUACCCAGUUGUUGUGUAUCGUUUGCAACAGCUGAUGAGCCAUCACCUAUAUACACCCAUGUGGUUGGAAACACAGAUUCCCCUAUCUGGAACUUUCAACAGCAAUCAAGGCUGUCAAAAGAGCUUCUUCUGGACCCACAGCAAACUCUGGUCUUCAAAGUUUGGCAUAAAGGAGAUGAAGAGAGGGUGAUUGGCUUUGCCUCGGUGGAUCUCUCCCCACUUCUGUCUGGCUUCCAGUUUAUCUGUGGCUGGUACAACAUCACAGACUUCAGUGGCGACUGCCAGGGCCAGAUAAAGGUUGCUAUCUCACCUUUGGAGAAUUUGACGCGCUUCAAAGAAGAAAGGCAAGCAAGACGUGGGGUGGAGACCACAGGAUCCCUGAUCCCAGUAUAUAGUCCCUUUUCCUUUCCUGGCUCUGACAUGCGUACUGCACUCCCCAGCUGCAUUGCAAGGUCAACCCCAGACCAACUUCCUCACAUCUCUUCAAAGGAAGUUGAUUUCUCCAAUCCUGGGAGGAGUGGUCCCACAAGAAGCCAGGUGUCACGCCAUGAAGAGCACGUGCAAAACAUCCGCCGAUUUCAUGAAUCCCUGCAGCAGGGAGAUGCAGCUUUGCCGAGUGAUGACACAAUGACCCCAUCACCCUUGUCCUCCAAUACCUCCAUCCUGACUUCUCUCAGGAAGAAUCUGAAUGAACUAGAUCAGAUCCAGCGGUAUUUCAGCCAGAAGCUCAGCAAGCCAUUCCUACCCCUCAGUCCUCAGACUCCUGCCACCAUCCUGGAAGGCCAGGAGAGCCCCCGGGACACGAUUGGGCCAGGAGCUGGCAGCCUAGAUCCCGAGAGCAAGUGCCUCCUGGAGAAAUCCAGUAACCUGGUGUCACAAGUCAGCUCCUUGAUCACGGAUCUGCAGACUAUCACCAGGAAUUCUCAAGCAGCUUUGAGUUCUCAUCGAGCCAGGAAUAGAAGCGAAGAGGCCUCCAUUCUCCCAGAUUGUCAGGACACCGAGGCCAUACAGAAAGCAAGAACAACUCUGGACAAGCCGUUGGCAAGACCUCUGGAUGAGGGCACAAAUUCCUCAUCUGCCCCUGUUCCCAAAGAGACUUCCAACAGAAAAGGAGUGCUCAGUGAGCCCCUGGGGCACACGGUACCCAUUGCAAGGACGCUGAGCAGUGAAGACACUGAGCCAGGCCCAGCCGACAGUGACGAGGACUACGAAGAAGACAUCAUUGAACCCAGGACCCUAAAUGAGAUCACCACCGUGACAGACAAAACUAGCCCUUGGUCCAGUUUCAUGUCUGACACAAGUGAAUUCAUCAGCCCUGAGCCUGAUGAGACGCUGAGGGAAAGGCCCUGUUGUCCUUCUCCAGAACCUUGUCCCAGAGAGGAGGUCAAAGGCAGAAGCAGCUUUCCACCUGCCCUGGAAAGGGCUGCCAAACCUGUGAAAGAAAAACUCAUCACUUAUGAGGGAGAGAGCUUCCAGGGCAGGGUUAGAGAGUCUGCCUCAGCCAACCCUCGGCUUAUCCCAUGCCUGAAGCUCUCAGGAGCCAGACAGAGGGAUACGUUUGUGGGCUGGAGCUCCCAACGGGCAGAUGAGGACAAAGAGCCCAAGCCAGAGGCCCAGACUGAAAAUGAAGCUACCUCCAGUGAGCCCAGUGACUCUGCUGAUAGCUUUGAGAAGUUCCCUCUACACCUGGCCCCCCAGAGAAAGGAAAACCAUCAGGGGCCACCCGUGGCCUCCCCAGCCAGCAGGCAGAAGCAGGCAACAGCUGGACCCGAGACGUCCACAAGGCAGAGCCGCCUCCUCCCCGAACCUGUUGUGGUGCCCAACUUCUUUUUGCCUCCCCAGCAGUUGGAGGCCUCCCUGCGGAUGCUUACUCUGUCUGAAACCUUGCCACCACCAGCCACAACUGACCAGGUAAGAGGACAGCGAGCUGGCCCUCCUGUCUCACGGUCACAAACAUGCAGAAGGCAGAGCUGCCCCAGGCCAUCUUCCCAGAAAGGCUGUAGCAGAGCUCACUCUCCAGGCCUACACUCAACAGCUCCUGUGGCCCCGGAAGGAGACCGGAGCUCAGGGAAGAAUGGAAGAGACAUGGAAGGAAAAAACAGUACAGAACAUAAAAGCGAAAGUCAGCUGAGAGGCACAGAGAGAGUCAGCUGAGCUGCAGCCAGAGGUCGGUGUGAGUGAGGAUGCCUCAGCUAGCAGGUGCAGGGCAUUAUGACAAAAAAACAAGGAGAAUCCCAGUGGCGACCUGUGCUGUUUGCAGACACCUCCCCUAGCUGCUCUCUUCCUAGCACCUGACCUUUCCCAUAAGUGGCAAGAAAUUCAGCAAUACCUAGUACCAAGUUCACAAGAAAUUAAUAGCAGGAAUGAUUUCUCCACUUAGUCACCAUGUAUUUAUUGAGUCCCUACUCUGAAUCAGGCAUUGCACUAGAAAUGAGCAUAUAAUAGUAAGGAAAAUACGCCCUGUUUUCGGGAAGUACAAGUUGUAGACAAAGAAAUAGGAUACUUAUUAUAGACUGCUGAGUACUGGCUGUUCUCCAGGGAGAAUGUGUUGAGGCUGAAAAAUAAGGACCAGCGUGGUGCUUACUUUAUUGGACACUGUUCCAAGCUCUUUAGUUUGACUCAUUUAAUUCAACAGUCUCCCAUUACCCCUGGUUUAAGAGGAAACUGAGGCAUGGAGAUUAGCUUACCUGGUCAUACAGGUAGUAACAGAGCCAGAAUUGCAGUCCAGGCAGCCUGGUUCAGCAUCUGUGUUUGUUAUCACUGCACUGUACCAAGAAACAGCCAGCUCUGUAAGGAACUUGGGGAUGAGUGCUCCAGGCAGAACAGCAUAGGCAAAAGGUCCUGAGGCCUUUUUCACUUUUAUUCAAAAUGCAAUAUUUCCAUUGAAGAAGUGGGGAGGGGAGCGGGAGUGAUGCCUAAUUUAAACUUUCAGCAAUGUAUGGCAGCAUAGGAGGUGUUGGUGACAUUAAAAGCACAGUUAAGGUAAUGUAGUGGAGAAAGGAACCAUAAAGCAGGACUGUGUGCCUGGCAGGUUUCUACGCCCUGGAAGAACUAGGCUCCCAAAUUCCUGCCUCAGGGAACUUUGAAAAAGUGUAUACAAACCCAUUUAAUUAUCUUGAUAAUGGGUGAGGAACCCACUGAGGCCCAGAGCUUGCCCUGCAGGCUGUCAGAUGUUACUGUUACUCUUGUUUAUAUAAAGAAACAGAAAAUGAGGAAAGGCUGAGUCACUAGCCCAGGGUCACCCAAAAGGUGAGUCUCAGCUGAGCUCUUGCUUUAUACCACCUGACAGCCAAGACUGACUUUGCACCUUUUAAACAGGCUUCAUUUAGCAAUGAAACCCGUAUGUGCUUUCCUAGAGGCCACAUAGAUGGCUCAAAGGUGGGGUCCGGCCGUGGGUGUCCUGAGAGCUGCAGUUAAAGGUGUAGAUGUCUGAUCCUUUACAAGUUUCUUUCCCUGCCCUCCUCCAAGAUAUCCAUCUCCAGAACCAAAAUAUCUCACGUAUUUGGCACAUGCACCAGUCUAAGUUUAUCAAGUCGGUAAAUGCUUUCCUGGGGAGGGGCAGUGCCCGCCGUGUCCUAGUUACAAGUCACAGCAGACUGAUGGCAUCUGAUGGGAUGAUGGUGAGAAUGACCCCGGUGCCUUUCUCUCCUGGCCUGCAGCCAAGUGGUGUAAGGGUCAGGCAUGCCCCAGAGGAAAGCAGGGCUGAGAGCCAGCUCCCCUGCCCUGCCAGCAGAGCUGCUUUUCCUGCGUUUACUUUUGUACCUUUGUUGUACUGGAUUUUGAGAUCCCCAGAAAAUCAUCGAGUCCGAAGUCAGUGCUAAUACAUAAAGGGCAGUUUAUUCAGGCAGUUUAUUAGCCUAGGUCUCCCAGCCUACUGGGCUGGGUGGG